GGCGGCCGGUGGCUCGCCUGACUGAGACACCAGGGGCUUGGGCGGGCGGACGGACAGAGCGAGCAGACAGACGCCCAGCGGCCGCCAGCUCCACGCAGGUCCCUGCUAGGCUUGCACCCAGAGGCCGCCGGCACACCGAAACCGGCCGAAUCUCCUGCGCUCCGCCCGCCCCGGCUCCCGUGCCAGCGCCCCGUGGCCGCCGCCUCCGAAGUGAUUGCUGCCUCGCCGCCUCCGCCGGGUCUAGGACCAUGAAGCUGCUGCCGUCGGUGGUGCUGAAGCUCUUUCUGGCUUCAGUGCUCUCGGCGUUGGUGACUGGCGAGAGCCUGGAGCGGCUUCGGAGAGGGCUGGCAGCUGGAACCGGCAACCUGGACUCUCCCACCGAAUCUACAGACCAGCUACUGGCCCCGGAAGGCGGCCGGGGCAGGGAAGUCCUGAACUUAGAAGAGACAGACCUGGACCUUUUAAGAGCUGCUUUCUCCUCGAAGCCACAGGCUCUGGCCACACCCAGCAAGGAGGAGCGUGGGAAAAAAAAGAAGAAAGGCAAGGGGUUAGGGAGGAAGAGAGACCCUUGUCUUCGGAAAUACAAGGACUUCUGCAUCCAUGGUGAAUGCAAAUAUGUGAAGGAGCUCCGGGCUCCAUCCUGCAUCUGCCACCCCGGUUACCACGGAGAGAGGUGCCAUGGGCUGAGCCUCCCAGUGGAAAAUCGCUUAUAUACUUAUGACCAUACAACCAUCCUGGCUGUGGUGGCUGUGGUGCUGUCGUCCGUUUGUCUGCUUGUCAUCGUGGGGCUUCUCAUGUUUAGGUACCAUAGGAGAGGAGGUUAUGAUGUGGAAAGUGAAGAGAAAGUGAAGUUGGGCAUGACUACUUCCCACUGAGAGAGACCUGUGCUCAAUUUAGGAAUCUGCGGGACGACUGCUACCUCUGAGAAGGCACAGCUGAUCGUAGACUCUGCAGAGGGAAAGUACGUCACAGCUAGUCAGGAAGACUCCUUCGUUCCCGGUUGCUGUCUAGAUUGGGCCUCCCAUAAUUGCUUUGCCGAAAUACCAGAGCCUUCAAGUGCCAAAUGGAAUAUGUCAAAAUGGGAUCUUGGUCAGAAGAAAGCAAAAGCGAGAGGCCUUCGUGCCCUUCUGAUUCCCCUCCUCCAAACUUCACGUAUCCCCAUAAGUUCAUUUAAACAAUUACCUUCUGGAUUCAGAUGCCAGUUAAAUUCCAUAUGCUCCAGGAUCAUUGACUGAUAAAAAAGAAGAAGGAGAGGAUGAAAGAAAACUUUGUGGAUGGGAAGAAAGUAACAAAGAUUGACAAGCCAUGAACUCAUGCGGCCACCAAGGGAUCGGCCAUUUGGAGCCUCUAGCACAGGAUUUGAUGAGCUAACUGUGAAAUACAACAAGCCCGAGAACUCUGAAUUUUGGGACUUCUACCCAGAUGGAAAAGUAACAACUAUUUUUUGUUCGUUUGUUUGUAAAAUGCCUCUUAAAUUAUAUAUUUAUUUUAUUCUAUGUAUGUUAAUUUAUUUAGUUUUUAACAAUCUAACAAUAAUAUUUCAAGUGCCUAGUCUGUUACUUUGGCGAUUUCCUGGCCCUCGACCUUGUAUACCCCACCACUUGGCUCAGCGUCGCACCCCUCUGCCACAACUCCAAGGUGGGUCCGUGACCCAUCUGGGGUAAUAUGCUCUCUGUCCACGUUUCCGAAGAUCUUCCACAAUCGCAGUACCACAGCGGGAGGUCAGUAGAGUCAAGAUAAAGGAGUUAACCUUGUCAGAUCCUCUCUAUGAGUUGGACUGCGGUCUUGCCUAGGCAAUAUUGUCUACCGUUUGUGUUUUGAAAGCCCAAGGUGCUGACGUCCAAGCAUACCAACAGAUAUUGGUGUUUGCCUGUGUCCUGUCCCUGCCAAAUCUCAUAAGAGAUUGGACUUCCAUGCCCGCAGCUCUCCUGACUCCUUAACCCCGACGGCCCCAGGCCCACAGAGUGGGAACUCCCUCUCCUCUGUGUCGAGACAUUUCUCUUACUCCUGCCAUUCUUCUGGUGCUACUCCAUGUGGGGGUCAGUGCAGCAGAGGAUAAUCUAGAGAAGAUUUUAGCAACAAAAAAAGGCUGAGGAGGAGCAGGAAACAUUGGAGCCGACUGUUCUUGUUGACUGAUGACCUACCAAUUACUACAGAGUUUGGAGGUGAGGAGGGCUUUUGUGUAAACCCACCCACCUCACCGAAAACUAAAAAGGUAUGUUGUCGUGGUCCCUUCUGGAAGUUUCUGGUGCCAUUUCUGAACUGUUACAACCUGUAUUUCCAAACCUGGUUCAUAUUUUUAUUUUGCAAUUCAAAUAAAGAUAACCCUUACUCCAUAGA